AUGUUACCCAAUCAGCGUCUUUGUUUGGGUGUCCCCCGAAAACGCUGCGGCCUGGCACUGCUACGGCGUAGAGAGGAGCCUGGCGCCGCUGCCCGAGGGGUCCCGGCCGGGUGCGGGUUGGCCAGCAUGAGCCGGCUGGGCCCUUUUCUGGUUGCGCCGCGCCUGCUCUGUCGGUCCUGGGUCCUGCCGAGGCGGCCUAGCAGCGUCUCCAUAGUGACGGGACCCUGCGCGGGCCUAGGCGCCGCCGCCUCCCUGUGCUCGGGCCCAGCGGCUGCGAGCCUGGCCAUGGAGGAGCUGCUGAGCCGCUCCGUGCCCCCGCUGCCCCCCUACGAGACGAGGGAGAAGGCGCCGCCGCCGGCCGAGCUCCGCAGCGCGGAGUUCAUGCGCUCCUACAGGGCCCUGGAGGCCGGGCCCCGGCGUGCGGAGCUGCUGGCCCGCCUGGCCCGGGACUUCGGCGUGGACCACGGACGGGUGGCCGAGUUCAGCGCCAAGGUGCUGCAGGCUCGGGAGCAGCAGAGGGAGCCGGGCGCCUUGCUCCAGGCCGAGGACCGGCUCCGUUACUACCUCAGCCCCCGCUACCGGGGCCUCUUCCAGCACUUGGGCCGGCUGGAGGGCGGGCUCCGCUUCCUGAUGGAGCUCAGGGGCGACCUGGUGGAGGCGCUGGCGGCGCGGCAUGCGGAGGGGCCGCACGUCAGGGAAAUGAAUGGCAUGCUGAAGAGCAUGCUUUCAGAAUGGUUUUCUACGGGAUUCCUAAACCUGGAGCGAGUCACCUGGCAGUCCCCUUGUGAAGUGCUUCAAAAGAUUAGUGACUCUGAAGCAGUGCAUCCUGUCAGAAACUGGAUUGAUAUGAAGCGUCGAGUUGGAUCAUAUAGAAGGUGCUACUUUUUUGCCCACUGUGCAAUCCCCGGGGAACCAUUGAUAGCCUUGCAUGUAGCACUAACCAAUGAAAUCUCCAGCAGCAUCCAGGCCAUAGUGAAAGAGGUUCCCCCUCUAGAAACAGAAGAUAUGAACAAAAUUACUACUGCCAUUUUCUAUUCAAUCAGUUUGACUCAGCAGGGACUUCAGGGUGUAGAACUGGGGACUCACCUCAUCAAAGGAGUUGUUAAAGAACUACAGGGGGAAUUUCCUCAGAUCAAAGUGUUUUCUAGUCUGUCACCUAUCCCAGGAUUCACCAAGUGGCUCAUUGGACUUCUGACCUCACAAACAAAGGAACAGGGGAGAAAUGAACUAUUUACAGAUGCAGAAUGCCAAGAAAUCUCUGAGAUCACAGGUGACCCUGCUGCUGAAAAGCUAAAGAGGCUCUUAACUAACAACGAAUGGAUGAGAUCGGAAAGAUUGGUCAAAGCAUUGCGUUCACCAUUUAUGAGACUCUGUGCUUGGUACCUGUAUGGAGAGAAACACCGUGGAUAUGCCCUUAAUCCAGUAGCAAACUUUCACCUUCAGAAUGGUGCUGUGCUGUGGCGGAUAAAUUGGAUGGCAGACACAAGCCCCCGUGGGAUCACUGCUUCAUGUGGCAUGAUGGUAAAUUAUCGGUAUUUCUUAGAGGACACAGCCAGUAACAGUGCAGGAUACCUUGGGACAAAGCACAUCAAAGCCUCAGAACAGGUUCUUUCCUUGGUGUCUCAAUUUCAGCAAAAUAGCAAACUUUAAAUAUACAAGAAGAUUUUAAGAUCGAACCUUCCUCAUUUGAAUGAAGGGGUAGGAUAUCUUGGGAUAUCUAUUAUUGAAAAGGGAAUGUUUGUAAUAAAACAAUGAGCUCUGUUCUUAGUUACAGCAGGAUGCAAAAUUACAUUGUCUGCCAAAAUUACUAUAACUUUCUUUACUUGUACUGCCAGAUACUCAAAGCCUGAUACAGUAUGGUUGAAUUAUUGCCAUACUUUAUGUUCAAAUGAGCUGGAAGUGUGUAUUAAAGGCUGUGUAAACUCAUCUCAUUAAGGUUACAAGCCAGUGGUGACUUGUGUGGACUGUUCUCUGCCCCUGUUGUUGUUCUCAGGAUCAAUAUUGUUGUUUAAGUUACAUCUUCAAAAGCACAGAGGAACUCCUCUGUACCCAAAUAACUAGAUAAAAGCAAUGGGCGAAGACAAUUUUUUGCUCAAAUAUAUAUAAGCUGAAGAGCAGUCUGCAGCAUUUCUUCACGAAGGUCUUUGUCUUCUUUAUUCCUGACAUUUUUUGGUAAAACCUCUUGAUUUGGCCAUUCUUUUGCUUUUUCAAAGUACAGUACAAAGUGCCAACACUGAAUCAUUGCUCUGAUCGAGCAACAAGAUACCUUGUAUUUCUGUGGCUUUUUCUCAAGGCAGUAGGUAUGUGCAACAGUGUAUUUGCAGAUUGCUAUAGCUCAUAUUUACAGUUUAAUAAGUAAAAUCAGUGGCUCUAAAUAAGAGAAGAAAGUCUGUUGCUUAUAGGACUUAAUUAUGAAGAUUUCGGAUAUAUAUGAAAUCUCCAUAAAUUAUAUUGGACAUUUUAGAAGUUGGAUUUUAAGAAGCUUUUUUUAAUAGUAAAAAGCCAGGUUUGGUCUGUAAAGCAAUAAAUUAAAAUAAAAUAAGU